CACCGUGAGAGAAACGCUGUGAAUGCUGGUAGAUAUUUAACCGUCAACGUUUCUCAAAAUGAAAGCGUUAGACGCCACUAAAGUGUCGCCUUUGAGCUCGACAAGAGAGGAUUUAGGAGGAGACUGUUUUGUCAGAGUCAGAAAAAGGGACUUGGAGAGACUGUCUACAGAGGUCAUGCAGCUCCGAGAGUUUCUGCCAAAGGUUAUUAACAGAGAAUUUAUCGACUCCCUGCAUAAAGCACGAUCUUUAGAAACACUGAAGGAGCAGAGCCAGCAAGAGCAGCAGCAGCUAAAGCAGGAGUGCCUACACCUUCACUCGCGCCUGGAAGCCCUGCAGGCAGAGUGUCAGAGAGAGAAGGAGGAGAAGAUGGUCCUGAGGGAGCAGUUGUGGGAGAGCAGGGAGCAGCUGCAGCAGCAGGCUGAGUUCUGUACUGGUCUGGGCGCCGCCUCCUGUACUCUGCUCUGGAGCGCCUCCCGCAGAGAAGAGGCUGUCAGGGACAUAUUGGCUGAUGGAAAGCUGGAGCCAUUCCUGAAAGUAGCAGGUCAAACUCUUGAAAGUUUUGUCAAAUCUCUGGAUGAAGAGGAAAAACCUCAGCAGAACUACAGUUCCCAUGAGCAUCAGUUUGUGCUAGCACUGGCAGGUGUCAUUACCAAUUUAGCAGCUGUGUCGAGUGGGAGGGACUUCAUCUCCAGCUCCGCCCACAUCCUGUUGGACACUCUAAUGCAGCUGCUUGGGCUCAUGAAGCCAGGAGUGUUUCCAAAACUCAAAGUGUUGAUGCUGAUGGCUUUAUAUAACGUCAGCAUCAGUGUGAAUGGGCUAACAUACAUCAGCGAAAGUCCAGCACUCCUCCCCCUUAUCUGCACCCUGCUUAAAGACCGGGACUCAGAGGUGUGUCUGCAGGCUCUGCGGCUGCUCCAGUCUCUGCUAGUAGAGGGCAAGGUUGUGGAGCAGCUCACCCCAGACCUGCUGAGCUCUCUGCCAAUAGGACGUGUCUGUCAGCUGACCUCCAGUCGCCAUGCCACCCUCAGACAAACGGCCCAGGAGGCCCUGGAGGACCUAGAGCGGCUCACCAACAACCAGAACCCGGCCCAUGAGAAAGAACAGUGAGGCUUUGGGCAUCUUUAGACCAUUACAUUAUUAAUUAUACCCUUGCAGUUAAAUUAAGAGCCAGUGUAUGUACACUGCUGGCCCAGUCCAGACAGAACAGUGUUCUAGGUUCAGGCAAGUUCUUCAAUGGGGGCUUUCUUCAGUAGCUCUAAUUCUGUUCAUCAUUGGUAAGUGUAAUCAGUUAAAAGGGUCAGAGGUCACAGAGCCAAUUAAAAAAUGGCUCACUGACCUCCGGGGUGGUCCAGUGGGUAAUAAUAUUGGUUUAAGUAACCAAUGUUACCUUUUGGUUUGCACUGGAUAGGGAGGAUUAUUGGUUGGUCUUUAAUAUAUAAAAAAUAUUCAACCUAAUUUUCAACCUAAUCUCUAUCUGCGAUGUCUGCAGCGUAUCGCUGUUGUCGGAAGAAAACCUCUUCUUCAAAAAGGUAACUUUACAGGAGAAGGAAAAAACCUACUUUACUUUUAAUGUAAGUCAAUGAAACCAUCCUUUUUUCCAAGUUAUUUUGGACCAUUUCUUUUGGUCCAUUCUUCAUAAAAUUUACACACAAUGUAAAGGGCAACAGGCAUUUUUAAAUUAUGUUAAAAACUGCAAAACGACAAAAAUGGAGAUACGAGGUUUUCUUCUGACAACAACGAUAUGGUCAUUUACCAUGGAUGAUAAUGUUGCUGUGUUUUUUGCGUGUUUCCCUGUACAUAGAAAAAGUCCAUUGACUUGAAACAUGUUCUCUAUAUAUUGUCUCUAGAUAUUUUCCAAUGUGUUUUCGCUCAGGUUUUCUGCUUGUUUCUAAGCACAUGUUAAUCUGUCAAACUCUUUAGAUAUGGCAGAUAAAGCUGAGGAAUGCUGGAGUAUUCCUUUAAGCAUGCAGUUCUGGCUUGCUGUGAUUGUAUCCAAUUUUUGCACUUAAUAACCA